AUGGCGUCUUCCAUGCAGCAAGGUCCCGCCCCCGAGGAUCCAGUUGGAAGUUUGACCAGCAGUGAUCUCAUCAUCACUACCCUUGAGGAUCUGAACGGCAAAGAUUUUAAGCGGUUUAAAGAUAAGCUGUCAGAUUUCUCCUACAAGGACAAACGUCCAGUUCCACGUGGACCUCUGGAAAAUGCAGAUCAGGUUGCUACAAAGAACCUUCUCAUCAGUUUUUAUGGCGAGGCGGCAGCUCUGGAUGUAACGGUAAAGGUCCUCAAAUCAAUCUCUCUCAUGGGACCGGCGGAGGAACUUCGGAUGAAGAUUGGACAACACAGUGUGAUAAAGACACAGUCAUUGGAUAACAGAAUGGAGGGACUUUUCCCAGUUGGGACACAGAAUGGCACCAACCAGAGGACCACCUCACCUCUCUGGGGGAGGAGUUCCCGACCCAACUGA